AUCAUGGAUUCACGUGUACAGACUGCUGGGAUCAUCGUUAUUGGAGAAGAGAUACUUAAGGGACACGUUCAUGACAUAAACUCUCACUAUUUAGCUAAAGAGCUAUGGUCACUGGGGGUUAAAGUGAAGAAGAUAAGUGUGGUCGGAGAUGACGUGGACGACAUCUCGCAAGAAGUAAAGAUAUUUUCUCAUUUGUACGACUACGUUUUAACAUCUGGUGGCAUUGGACCGACUCAUGAUGAUGUCACUAUGGCCGGUAUUGCUAAAGCAUUUGACGAAGUUCUAACUACUAAUCCUGAUAUGCUCAAAGUCCUAACUAAAGAUGGCGUCCGUGAUGAAGAGAACAUUUGGCUUAGAAUGGCGAUUGUGCCUAGUUCGGCAGUUUUCUGUCCUCAGACACUUACAUUAUGUCCGCUGGUACGUAUUCAUAAUGUUUAUCCAUUUGCAGGAAUGCCUUCAGCUUUGAGAUCAACAUUCCAGUAUCACAAACAAUUGUUUGCGUCAAAAGAGAAGAGUGCUGGGUUCUUUCUAAAGGAGGUUUUCUUUUUGGUUGAAGAGGACAACUUGGCCGUCCCGUUGAAUGUCCUUCAAAAUGAGUUUAAAGAUAGCGUACAAGUUGGAUCCUAUCCCAUUGAUGAUAUGAAUUCUUCUGUUCGUGUUAAAGUAUCACUAGAGGGCUCAGAUAUCAGUAUAAUAGAAAAGUGCUAUUGCUCACUAUUAUUGAAAAUGGGCCCUCAAUUAAUUCAGUCCGUUCAAAACAGCUGGAAGAAUAAGGAUGAGGUAAAAUUAAGGGAGUCACUAAAAUGGCUGGAGACUGAGCUGGUCUUUCACAGACUGCACUUAGCACCUAUGUCGCUUUUAAUUAGAAUUAACGAAACAAUCGAAACCCUGAAAGUAGCUUUAGACAAAUUUGGUCUUGAUGGUCUUUGCAUUGCAUUUACUGGUGGUAAAGACUGCACUGUUCUUCUCCCUCUUUACCAAGCAGUCAUUAAGAGCAAGGGACUCUCUUAUGAGCAGCUCAAAACUCUUUACGUUUCACCUAAAAACUCCUUCACCGAAGUUGAAGAAUUUAUAGGGCAAACUAUUAAAAAAUAUAAGUUGGAUCUAAUAAGGAUAGAAGGGACUAUACAAGAAGCUUUGGGCAGCCUAAAAGUAACCCAUCCCUCCAUUAAUGCUAUUAUAAUGGGGACUAGAUCCACAGACCCAUACUCAGAUAAUUUGAAGACGUUCUCUUCGACUGAUGCCAAUUGGCCACAGUACACCAGAAUACACUGCAUUUUGGAUUGGACAUAUUCACAAGUGUGGGUAUUCCUAAGGUUAUUUGAAAUACCUUAUUGUCAGCUGUAUGAUAAAGGUUACACUUCUUUAGGCAACAGCACUGAUACUAAACCUAACCCAGCUCUAUCAAUGGAAGCCAUUCAGACUGAUGCUGUGUGUAAUGGUAUUUCAGACUAUCAACCAGCUUACUGUCUCUUUGAUGAGACUCUGGAGAGAGCUGGACGCUCUAAGAACUGAGAGUAGUGAAAUUAAGACUUAUUUAUUUGUGUAUUUAUUUAUUUAUUUGCUAUCUUUUUACUGUUUUUAUUAAUGACUUAAUUAUAAUUUAUAUCUAAAAUCUAAAAAAAGCAAAAUAAGGAAACUAUUUUUAAAAGGCAUGAUUUUCAAUUAUAGUUUUUGGUUAAUUAA